AUGCCAAAAUCAAAACUCAAAAAUGUUGCAAAAAAAUGUAUACUUAUACAAAGUAGAAAUAAUGAUAGAAAAUUUUUAGCUGCAGAUUUAGAAUAUAAUAAUUUAGAAUAUAAGUUUUUAACUAAGACUUGUGGUUGCCUCACAAUUACUUCUAUAAAAAUAAAUAAAUUAAACCUACUAUCAACAUUUUCACAAGAAGCUCAUGUUAUUAUCAAAUCUGAAAAAAAUGAUAAUGGCUGGUUGAAUGCUUCUAACUUGUUUACACAAGUAGCCAAUAAAGCAAUUUCUAUUUUUGAAGCAACUUACUCAAACUGUAUUGGUGUUUUUGCAUUCAAUAACAGCACCAAUUAUAGUGCUUUUGCAAGUAAUGCAUUAUAUACUAAAAACAUGAAUCUUUAUCCUAAUGAUAAACAGUCAAAAUUAUAUGACAGUUGGUUUAAUAAUGAGCAAAACAAACAAAUUACUUAG